AUGUCAAAUGUGGUGCGUGCAGCUGGUCUGGUAGUUUUCCGAAGGGUGUCGAAUCAAGUGGAGUUUCUACUUCUUCAAGCAAGCUAUCCUCCGUAUCACUGGACCCCACCCAAAGGACAUGUGGAUCCUGGAGAAGACGAGUGGGUGGCGGCACUUCGCGAAACGAAAGAAGAAGCUGGAAUACUUCAAGAACAAUUACAUAUCUAUGAAGAUUGCCACGAAACCCUUAGAUAUGAAGUGAGUGGCUUCGCUUCUUCUUCUGCACUACAUAUAUCCGCAGCGAACAAGAUUGUGUGA